UAUUCUUUUGCUCACGUGCUUUCGCAUUCUGUGUAGUGCGCACUACGAUUGUGCCACUACGAAAUCUGGACAGUCAUUAUUAAUAUAACAAUUCAUAUAUUGUCGACUAACUUACAAUGGCCAAAAGUAUAAGAAGUAAGUGGCGCCGGAAGAUGAGGGCUAUCAAACGGAUCAGGUAUGGCGUGAAGGAACUAGACAGAUUGAAGAAUAUGCUGGUGAACGCCGGAGAAAUAGAAGUCAAGGAAGGCGGUGAAAUUGAACAUGUUUGUUUAGUUAAAGCUAAAAAUGAAGAAGCUGAAAAAAUUCAACAAGAAAAGGAAGAAAAAUCCAAAGUGGACAAAACUGCAGAAUCUGUAAAGGAAACACCAAAAAAAGUUCAACACCCAACUUGGCUAAGAAAAAAGGAAUACAAAAAAUACAUAAGAAGUUAUAGAAAACAACAGUCUAUUAACGCUAAAAGAAUAAAAGGAUCGAUUAAAAAAAAAAGUAACACUGAAAAAAAGUUGUAAUUUUAACCAUUUGAAAAAUAAAAUUUUAUUGUUUAAAGUUUA